AGAAAACAGAGGUAGCACAUUGCUCACGAAAGUAACAUGUAUAUGCCGAUUGAAUUAUAGUACUUGUAGUUCGCGAAUAUAAUAGUGCAUAGAUAACAGUGAAAAUGAUUCCAGAGGAGAAAGAUCCUUUGCUUUCAGAGUUUACUCGACGUGAACAAGAAAAGAAAGCAUGGAAUAUUUUCGAAGACCCACCGCGAAUUACACCAACUGGUUCUAUGGUGGAAACCAAAUGGUUAGAUUUUGCCGAAAAAUCUGGAAAAGUUUUGGCUUAUUUUAUUACUUUCGUAUUUGUGUUGGGUGGAGCUCUUAUUUCAAAGGGGACGUUAAUAUUUAUGACGUCACAAUUAAGUGGAAAUGAAAAACCAUAUUGUAAUAGAGAUAUAGAUAAAAAUAGACAAUUUUCCGUUAUCUUGCCGGAUGAAGAAAAAAUUGCGUGGAUGUGGAUACUAUUAUUCACGUAUUGCGUACCACAAAUUGGAACUUUUCUAAGAGCAGUUCGGAUGGUGUUGUACAAAUCAUGGAAUAGACCAAAACUAGGCGAAUUUUUAAAAGUAUUUAUUAGUGAAACAUUAUCAGCAGUUGGAAAUGCAAUUUUGGUAUAUCUUGUUCUUCCAAAAAUGGAUGCCGUUAAAGCGAUUAUGUUGACCAAUGGUUUGGCAUUUAUUCCUUCGAUACUAAACUUUCUAUCAAAAAUAAAAGGACCAGAUAUAAGUUUCAACAUGAUUGGAGAUAUAUUAAGCAUUAUGUGUCAAGGAGUCGGCUUAUUUCUUUUGCCUAUAGCGUACUACGACAACGAUAUAAACAUGUGGUUCAUUCCAGUUGCUGCAAUCUUAAUUUCAAUAGCAUGGUGGGAAAAUUACGCUUUAGCAACAACUUCUUGGUUGUUUAUUAAAAACUUAACAAACACCAAUAAAAAAUUUACUUUAGAACGUUAUUUCACAUACACAAUUGUUUCACUUUGGAAAUGUUUAGCAUUUUUCAUAACAAUGGUUGUAAUUACGACCUUGAAAGAUGAAUUCCCUGUCCAACAACUAUUUGAUUUAUUUCCUGAAGCAUUCAGUCCACAUUACAUCAACGUUACCGAAGUGCCCAAUUUUUUACGUAAUGGAACAUUGGGGGAAGCUAUUGCAAGUGGAUCUUAUCAAUUAAUUGAAAGCAGUCAUUUAACACCUGUUUGGAUAUUCCUCAUUUCCAUGUCUUUCACUUAUCUAAGUUACAUCUUUGGUAAAUUUGCUUGUAAAACACAUUUGCAUCAAUUUUCCUACGCAGUUCCCAUCAAUUUAACUAUACCAGUAGCGGUAUCUAUUAUUAUUAUUAUGUGUGGAAAGUAUAAUACAGAUCCAUGCAGUUUCUACAGCACGAUACCUCUAUAUCUAUUCUUUAAUAGCCCCGAACCAAGUGAAAUUCAAGAUUUUAUUCAAAACGAUUAUCCUUAUUUAUGGCUAUUUUGGAUAAUAUCACAAGCGUGGAUAACAGCCCACAUAUGGGUUCCAAAAUGCGAAAAAAUGGCAAAAACUGAAAGAUUAUAUGUUCGACCUAUGUACGAACCUUUCGUACUAGAUCAAGAUUUGGCGAUGAAUCGAAGAAUCAACGACGAACCGAUCAGAUUAAAAGCAGAUAAAAACGAAGUCGGAAAUGCAAUGUUAGAUGAUGAUGAUGAUGAAGACUUCAUUGAAGUAGAAACUAAUCGAACGGAAGAAUAUCAAGAAGAUAUCAUACCAAGAAUUUACGCUUGUGGUACGAUGUGGCACGAAACUACUGACGAAAUGAUGGAGUUUCUUAAAUCGAUAUUACGAAUGGACGCCGAUCAAAAUGCUAGAAGAUUGGUAAAAGAAUUUGGAUAUAAAAUUGAUGAUUACUAUGAAAUGGAAACACAUGUAUUUUUUGAUGAUGCUUUUCUAAGAAAGCAUAACGAUGAUCCGGAUCCUCAAAUUAAUUCUUGGGUGAGAGAUUUAGUUCAAUCAGUGGACGAAGCAGCAACAUAUGUACAUAAAGUACAGGUGAAAGUGAAACCUCCUGUAAAAUAUACGACCCCUUACGGUGGUAGAUUAGAGUGGACACUACCCGGUAAUACAAAGAUGAUUGCGCAUUUAAAAGACGCUAAAAAAAUAAGGAAGAAGAAAAGAUGGUCCCAAGUAAUGUACAUGUACUAUCUGCUCGGUUAUAAAUUAAUGGCUUCUGAUUUGGAACAACAUCGGAAAGUUUUACGCGCCACCAACACCUACAUAAUGGCUCUCGAUGGUGAUAUCGAUUUUCAACCCAAGGCAGUACAUCUGCUCAUAGAUUUAAUGAAAAAAGACGUAACUUUAGGAGCUGCUUGUGGGCGAAUUCACCCACUUGGAUCUGGUGUUAUGUAUUGGUACCAAAUGUUUGAAUAUGCCAUUGGUCAUUGGCUUCAAAAAGCGACAGAGCACGUUAUUGGGUGUGUACUUUGUAGUCCCGGUUGUUUUUCCUUGUUCAGAGGAGAAGCCCUUAUGGAUGAUAAUGUGAUGAGACGCUAUGCUACUAAAUCAUCGGAAGCUUUGCAUUACGUACAAUUCGAUCAGGGUGAAGAUAGAUGGUUAUGUACCUUAUUGUUACAAAGGGGGUAUCGGGUUGAAUAUUCAGCUGCUUCUGAUGCUUACACUCAUUGUCCCGAGGGAUUCAACGAAUUCUUUAAUCAAAGAAGACGAUGGAUGCCGUCCACUACAGCUAAUAUUCUUGAUUUACUCAUGACAGCCGGUCAAACAAUUAAAGCCAACAAUAAUAUUUCAAAACUUUAUAUUCUUUAUCAGGGUGCUUUAAUGGUCGGUACAAUUUUAGGACCAGGAACGAUUUUCCUCAUGUUGGUAGGUGCUUUUGUGGCUGCUUUUCAAAUGAGUCAAUGGCAAAGUAUGUUGUGGAAUCUAGUUCCACUAAUAAUCUUGGUUGUUACUUGCUCAUUAGUUUCCAACGACAAAGUGCAGCUGUUUGUUGCAGCAAUUCUAAGUGGAGUAUACAGUUUAGUGAUGAUGGCAGUAUUAGUGGGUAUUCUUCUCCAAAUUACCAGUGACGGUAUAUUAGCACCCUCAUCACUGUUCUUCUUUUGUGUCGCGGGCGAAAUGAUAUUCACGGCACUGAUGCAUCCUAAAGAAUUAAAUUGUUUGAAAUUUGGUGUGGUAUAUUACGUUACAGUACCAUGUAUGUACAUGAUACUCGUUAUUUACUCAGUCUUCAACAUGAAUAACGUAUCAUGGGGUACGCGGGAAGUCACAGUUGUUCCAACACAAUCUCCACAAGAUGCUAAAAAUCCAAAAAAACCAGAACCCCAGACUACAAGCAAUAAAAUUUUAAGAUUUUUGGGAGCCGGCGAAGAAACAGCAGGCGGAAUGGAAUUAUCUUUUGGAAAUUUGUUUCGGUGCUUAUGCUGCACACUGGCACAAAACACGCCUUUAAAUAUGAUUUUGGAACGAUUAGAUAAAAUGGAAGAAAGAUUAAACAUUCAAGACAUUGAAGAGUGCAAAGAAGAAGAAAUCGAAGAAGAAAAUAGUGAAGAUCAGUCAAUAUAUUCAAUGGAUAUAAGUAGGGAAGAUUUUACUGAAGAAAUAUCUGGAUGCACGUGGUUGGAAGACGAAUCCAUCCAAAGAGGCGAAGUCAAUUUCCUUACUUCGAAAGAAGAAGCAUUUUGGGAGGGAAUUUUGGAUGAGUAUUUACACCCUAUUGAUGACACAGCUGAUAAGAAACGGAUUGCAGCCGAUUUAAAAAAUCUUCGCGAUAAAAUGGUAUUGGCAUUUUUCAUGAUAAACGCAAUAUUUGUAUUGGUUAUUUUCUUGCUGACGUUAAAAAAGGAUCUCAUUCACGUCCCUUGGCCAUUCGGUGUAAAAUCCAACUUUACGUACAUGGAGAGCGCAAAUGAAAUUAGAAUUAUGAAAGAGUAUCUUCAACUGGAACCUAUUGGAAUAGUUUUCUUGGCCGCUUACGCAAUAUUGCUCGUAGUACAAUUCGUAGCCAUGUUAAUUCAUAGAUUACAAACCUUCUCUCAGAUUAUUUCAAAUACUUCAUUAAAUAUUUUCGAAACUCAAGUAAAACACGUCGAUGCAGAAGAAAAUUUAAGCAUGGAUCCGGUGGAAUUCGUGAAAAAGAUUCAAGAACAAAAUGAGGAAGAUAAUGAGGAAAUCAAUCUUCCUCCAGGUCGACGACCAACCGUACGGCACCUGCUAAAUCGCAGAAAAGGAAAUUUAGUCCUAAAUUUAGAGGAGCGAUUUUUAAAUAACCUAGAUAGAAUUGAAGAUUUACCUGGAUUACCUAAAAACACGUUGGCCGAUUUGCAGAAACGCAGAGUAACCAUUUUCCGAAAAUCUAAUAUUCCAACGAGUCGAGUAACAUUUGCAAACUUCGGCGAAGAAGUUCAUAAUUUCGAUCCUAGUCCUAAAAAUCGCAAAUCGGCGAUGAAAAGAGGAAGUAGCAUAUCCCCAGGAAGCCGUACUGAUAGCAAUGUUAACACACCGCGAAAGAGCACAAUUUCAAAUCCGAGUCAAGUUUUCUUUGGAGAUAGAUUCAAUGACGAAAUGUUUGGAAGGCCAUCUACCACGGCAAGACCGAGCAGUAUUGAAACUUUUAAUCGUCCCGAUGGUAGUAUGACUUUUGAUAAUAAUGCAUUCGAACUUGGUGAAGACAUAGAUGUCUAGAAUUAUUUAUCAUUAAUUUUAUUGAUAUUAUUGUUAGAUUUAAAAUAAAUAUAAGAUUAAGAAAAUA